UUAAAUACAUUGUUUAAAAUAUUAUAUUAAAGGUUACAAUGGAGGUUUUUGCCGAAAAUAUAAGAAAAAUUCCAGUUCAGGAUCAAAAUAUUGUUGACCUUCAGAACGUAACAAGUAAUGUUAAAAAUCUGGGUCUUGCAAGUGAAGUUAAGAAUCUAACGGAAAUUCAAGGGGAUAAACUACCGCAUAACAUGCUGUCAAUUGAAGAUCAUAAGAUCUUAAGUGAAUCCCAAAGCCUGGAGCAUCUUAAUUAUGUUCAGAAAGUAGAGGAUUAUUUUUCAGUUCAAUCGCCGGAGAAAUUCUCAUUAGAAAUUGAAAAUGUGAAGCAGCAAAGUGCGACUUGUAGUCUGGAGAAGGAUCCAUAUCAAAAACAGGAGCUUGACGAUAAAACCCAGGAUGCGGAGAGGCAGUCGCCAAGUAGGAACCUUGAUGACACCGCCUCUGAACGAAUAGUUAAUCGUCGUAGUCGCGUGAUUCCACCCAUGCCUUCGGAGGAUGCAAUGCGCCACUCCAUAGCCGACAACCUGAUGGAGAUCCUGGUAAAUAUGACUAAUCCGCUGUACCGACAACAGUGCUUUGAACUCUUGCAGGUGGGCGAUGCUCUACAGGCCCGCAGCCGAAUCCUGGAUAUUCUGCAGCAAAUCGACAAGCGUAGGAUUCGUAGAUAACUCACUAUAAAGAAAUCAGCUUCA